AUGAAUGCAGAUGCUUUUAAGAUUCGACCUAGCAUUUUUUUUUUUGACGGAWKACCCGAUGACUGCCUUCAUAUUCAAACUCCGACUGAAUUUUUUUUUGCUUUUAUUCAAGCAAAUGAUCUCCCAGAAACCUUGAGUAUUUUUAAGAAUUUGUGUUCGAGUUUAGAUGUCAACCCCAAGAAUCAUAAGACACUWUAUACUUUUUUUUUGAAUGGCCUUACUACUUGGAAAGCUCGAUCKUUAUGGACAAAACUUUUUUUUUUUGCCGAGCACAAAGAYUAUAAAGGGAAACCUUGUGCUAAAAACAAAGUUCUAGUCAUCGGAGCCGGUCCUUGUGGUCUAAGAGCCGCUAUUGAGGCAGCACUUCUUGGAGCCCAUGUCGUGGUUUUGGAAAAAAGAGAACGAUUUUCACGUAACAAUUUUUUUUUUUUGUGGCCUUUUCUYAUCACUGAUUUGAAAGAUCUUGGAGCUAAGAAAUUUUUUGGUCAAUUUUGCGCUGGUUCAUUGGAUCAUAUCAGUAUAAAGAGAUUUUUUUUUAUCCUCCUUAAAGUUUCUUUGUUAUUUGGAGUUCAAGUACAUCCAAUUUUUUUUUUUGGAAAACUUAUAGAACCAAAAAGUGGUCAUGGCUGGAAGGCAUCAAUUGACCCAGCAUCAAGCCCACUCAACAGAUAUGAAUUUGACAUUGUUAUUGGUGCCGAUGGACGUAGACAAGCUUUGAAAUUCAAAGGCAAAGARUUCCGUGGGAAACUUGCUAUUGGGAUCACUGCAAACUUUGUUAACAGRAACUCUAAGGAGGAAGCUCAAGUCGAGGAGAUUAGUGGAGUUGCCUUCAUUUUCAAUCAAGGAUUCUUUCAGGACCUGAAGGACAUGACUGGCAUUGAUUUAGAAAAUAUUGUUUAUUAUAAAGAUGAAACACAUUAUUUUGUCAUGUGUGCCAAGAAAAGGAGCUUACUGGAAAAAGGUGUCAUCAAAAAGGUUAGAAAUCAUUGUUCUUUUCAAGAUUGAAUUUGGAAGAUUAAUAAAGUAAGUGUUAAAAGAGAGAGAGAGAGAGAGAGAGAGAGAGAGAGAGAGAAAAUGAAAACAUGAAGAACAAAUCACACAACAUAUUCAUAAGAACUUCUUAAAAAGAACUUCAAUCAAAACAGAAGGCAGUAAAAGAGUUAUAAUAAUAAUAAUCAUCAACAUUACCAUCAUCAUCAUCAUCAUCAUCAUCAUCAUCAUCAUCAUCAUCAUCAUCAUAAACAGUGGAUAAUUAAGGGAAGACUAUUUCAGCCUUUUUGGCCUACUGGUUCAGGGUGUGCUCGAGGUUUCCUUGGCUGYUUUGACGCUGCCUGGGCUAUGCGUAGCUUUGGUCUUGGAAAAAGGCCUCUAGAAAUCAUUGCUGAACGAGAAAAUACCUACAGAAUACUAGCACAGACAACGCCAGAGAACCUAAAUAAGAAUUUUGCUAACUAUGGGAUCUGUCCAGAUAGUCGUUACCCCAACUUGUCAAAAAAUGCCGUGAAAAUAGCGACAGUGAGGCAUUUAUAUGAUUGUCACGAUGGACCUAUUGAUAGUGUGGAUGGUAUUGAACCUAUGGAAACCAGUACUGUUAAUGAACCCCAACAACCGCAAGUAAACAUUUCCAUUGUGUUGAAAUGGUGUCAACAGCAUACCAAAGACUACAAGAAUGUUAUCAUUAAUGACAUGUCUACGUCUUGGAAGGAUGGUCUUGCUUUGUGUGCAAUCAUACAUCGUUUCCGUCCAGAUCUAAUAGAUUUUGAUUCGCUUAAUCCAAGUGAAGCUGAAAAGAACAAUCAACUGGCUUUCCAAGUAGCAGAGGAGCAUCUAGGUAUUCAACCCCAGGUCUCCGCCAAAGAAAUAGCGUGUGCAAGUGUACCUGAUCAGCUGACUAUUCUGAGCUACGUCACACAGUACUAUGAAACGUUUAAGAACGAAGCCCCUGUUACAAAACCAAUAUCUAGACAAGGCAGUGAAAAGCAAGAAUUCAAGACUAAAUCACCAUUGUCUAAGCUCUCCAUCAUUACUCGCUUGACACGCAAAAAGGAGAAAAGAAAAAAUGUAAGCAACAAUGGAACUGUUUCAUCUAAAAAAAGCAAAAAAGCAAAUGAGGAAAAUACUCCACCAGUCACGCCAAAUACUCCUGUUGAUACACCAAUGUUUACAGAGACGCCUAAAAUAGACGAAACCGYUGCCAAGGCUAAAWUACCACCAAAGACCAGCAACCGAAUUAGUAUGCUGGCAGAGCAAGUAUUUGGUACUAAAGAGGGUAGUACAGUGGUUCCAAAUCUUCCAGUUACAAGGGACACAGGGAGUGACCAUUGUUACUUUUGUAACCGGUUUGUGUACCUUAUGGAGCGUAUGUCUGCCGAGGGACACUUUUUCCACAGGGAGUGCUUCAAAUGUGAGGUUUGUCUGAACACCCUUAGAUUAGGUGCCUACUCGUAUAUUCCUCCUUGGGAAGCAGAUGACGAGCGUGGCCAUUUCUACUGUCGACUCCAUUACUAUAAAGUUAUCAACAAUUCAUUCAAAGAGGACGCCAAGAAACGUCGCGAAGAAACUACCGAAACACGUUCCCAGAAGCGUAAACGACGUGGUAAAGCACUAACCAUCAGUGAUCCACGUGAUACUAUCAAAGCUGUUCACCAGGCUGCUGCGCUGAGGAAGAAGAACCAAUCACAAGACAAAGAAAAGCAAGWCUCUACCCCGACACCUACCGUCAACGGUGUACCAGAAYUAGACGAUAAUAAGAAUGUCGCUAAAAAGAAAUCUGAAGCYRCUAAAACGGAAGAACAAAAGAAAAAAGUUGAUCGGAAUCGUUCRGGCUCUGGCCGUUUCCGAYGUCUAGAAGCUCGCCCAGUUAGAAGAUCAAGCAUUUCGUCCGUCAGAAAGUCAGAUAAGACAGUCAAAGCAAAAGGCAAAGGAUAUCAGCYUGAYGAUGAUSGUUUAGAUGAAAGUGGUAAAAAGUCACCAGUSAAGGUCCCGCCUCCCUCCCCGAGGUCAAGUGCUGGCACAGAAAUGAAGCAKGAAGCYAUUUCCAAAGAAAAAAAGCCGACGAAGAACCUUGUGAAGUCAAAGUCUGCUGAGGAGGCCAUAAAAGGUGCUAAAGAGCCUGAUGGCARCGAAAAAACAUCUGGAAAGAAAAGACCUACGUUGGAUAAACUGCAUAUGUUAGGGACAAUAGAACGGCGGCGAAGACAGCGAAGGGCAAUGUACCCACCACUUUCGCACGURUUCUCUCAGGAAGACCAGACACUAACCCCAGAAAACAUUGACAAGAGUCUUCCCAUUGAARCUUCAUUAAAAGAAGUAGGAAUGAACAUUAAGGUAGUAGAUAUUGACAUYGAAGAUUCCAGUCCUAAACCUACACAACAAAAGAAAAUGCCUACAGAUUCUACUUCAAAUGAACAACCAGUCAUUCCCAAAUCGAAGCAAGAAACUAAACCCCCUAGUCCCACUAGUGCGUCAAAGACUCCUCUUGCUAAGCGCUCAUCAACUGGGUCUCUCGUUUCAUCACGUGCUGCUCGAAUAAAAGGGCUGAUGGAAAAUGAUUUGAGACCAAAAAAAGAUCAUGUHCGGCCAAGUGAAUUAAACCAAGAAGUUGAAAAUGGUUCAGAAAGCCCCUCACAACAACGACGUUCAUUACCGCGAUUACCAUCAAACGAGGARCCAUUCACGUCCACCAUAGAAAGCACUAAAAUCUUAAAACGACGAGGCACACCUAAACCUAAGGCUAAUGUACACGACAUAGAGAGAGAAGUAGACGAGAUUGACGAAAAUAUUGACAAAGAGGCAACUGAAAUGGGUUUUGUCGUGGUUGGGUAUAAAGAUAAACCAUCACCACACUUAGAAGCUCCACCCAAGCCUCCUAGAUCGUUCAAAGAAAAUUAUCGACCACAAGAAGUAUUUAGUGGCUCCAGUGAGGAAGAUACUUUGGAAAAAACAGAAAGUGGUAAGAGUUUCCAGCGAGUUGGSGCAAGAAGAUACAAGGUAGGGAUAUUUUCAGUAAGCAAGCAUGAAGAGCAACAGUACAUGAUGCAAUGGUUCCAGAUCAUAAAUAAGAAGAAUGCUCUACUGAGAUACGAGUCUGAACUAAGUAUACAUGCCAAUUCAAUACAACUUGAAGACCAACAAGGAAGGUUGGAACAAGAGAUACGGGAACUGCUGAUGAAGGAAGGGUCUACUGAAGAAGAUCAAGUCAUCAUCCAACAGAAGACAAAAGAAUUAGUAGAUAUUGUAGAACAGCGAAAUUUAUUGGUUGAAUUAUUAGAUGAAGAUAGAAAACGUGAGCAAGAGGAAGAUCGAGCUUUUGAAGAAAUGAUUGCUGCGAAAGGUUUUGUGACGUCAGUUUAAUGAACCARUGAGAAGGCUUCAUUGGUAUGUUAGUAGUGACUCGCCCCGGACUCUUCGAAGUUUCUUUAGCAUCGUCGGCUCUGGCUAUUGGAAUAUCACCUAUCAUCUUUUGAAUACAACAGCAUUUUCUUUGGGUCGGUAUCCUUAAAACGUAAAGUUCUGGAAAGAUGGUCAUUGCGUACUUAAAUACCAUAUUACAUUAAAGGGACACUGUCAAUGGAUGACAUGCGCAGUAACAGUCUCACCUCUAACGGACUUUGAAAGUAUUACCUUCGAGUAAAAUCAUUUUGUGGUGCUUUUUACACACUUUGGAGUAUUCUAGAUCUAUUUACGUUUACGAGCUGAUUUAUGUCGCGCCAACUUGGAGUCAUAAACUUGAAAACACUAUAAGCCUAAUGUUUUCAACUUUACUCGCGCAUGCGUGCCAUUGACAGUGUCCCUUUAAGGUAUCACAGACUCACAACUUUAUGUCUUGACAUCUAAAUAAAAACAUUGCUAAACCCAAAGCUGCACUUGGGAUCGAAAUCAGAAACUUUAAGUGUGACCUGGUUGCCCAGGUCUAAUUUUUUUUGUCCAUUCUUCGGCCAGCUGUUUUUGCCAAGUCCUGUGGCAAGUGGUCUCCUUCUCCUUCUUUUGACAAAAGGGUAGGUUGCGAAGGAGACUAUGAGAUAAKGGUUUUGCUUAGUUUUCUCCAUUUUCUGAAAGUUUUGUUAAUUCAACAUUCAAUUGUUUGAYCUUUGUUUUAUUUAAUCCUGAAAGCUUUAUAUAUUGUUUUUUAUAUAUUUUUUGUAAGUGUCGACCUUUUCGUUAUUUCACCAAGAAUAAGCAAAACGUGAAUAUGAAAAAUGGUGCAUUUUCAUUACUUUUCCAUUUUUCUGUAAGAAUUUCAGUCAUGACCUACGAAUCUUAUAAUUCUAAUUCGAAGAAAAUUCAGCCAAAAGACAAAAUAAUUGAGCAUGAAUUAAUUUUAAUCCAGUGUAAACUACAUUUAGAGUGAGGUUAUUAAACCCGUGAAACAAUAUUUGCCUAUUUCACUGUGAACAAAGAAAAGCAAUGCAAUUUAGUGAGUACUAAGGUGUAUUAGUGUGAUAUUUCACGGGCUUAUUGACCUAACUUUAGUUUAGAAUCGUAUAGAGUCAUUUUCAUCCGUCUGUAAAAAAAAUUACUACUAGUCAGUGUUUAAUAGUAACUAUUAGGGUGUAUUAGGCUACCAAAAGGCAACAUAAAAACCGUUUUAAUUGCUUUAAUUUGUUUGUCGCAUGUUAUAAGUAAAACUAUUGGGAGCUAAUAGGGGGUAAUAGUAUUUAAUAGUACAAUUCCUAUUUCACAGACGGAUGAAAAUGACUCUACGAUAAAGGGUUUAGUCGGGUCCAUGGAAUCGAGCCAUACCUAUGAAAUUGAGCUAUUGUACGCUAURCCAGUCUCGCUCAAAGGCAUACUCGUUCACAGUUAGAUUGAGAAAGAGCCUACUUUUGGUUAUAUAUUUUUUUCACCAAAUGUUUUUGUUAUAUUUUUAAACUUAUUUUGUUAUUAUAACAAUAUUAAUUUUAUGAUAUUUGGUAACCCUGGAAAAGGUCUUACUCAUAUCAGCAGAUUAGCUUGAAGGAUGAAUUCCAUGAGAAUCAAUCUCGAGCCUAGAGUCUUCACGGCUAAUGUCACGCAAUGACUUCCGCUGGAUGGCAAAAKUGCGKGCUCUGGGUACGAGAUUGGCAGUGCAUGUACACGRCGCUGAUGUACACAUAGAAGGCUCUCUAGCAUUUGUUUUCACGGAUUUAAGUGAGAUUUAUGCGUUAUGAUAACAUAAUUAUAAAUAGCUCACUGUCUCACUUUCAUGCAAAGGCUUGUUUACUUGAAAACUUUAACAUGGAGUAUUGUAGUCCAGAGCUGAACCCUCUUUUUUCCUUGSGCACGCGGAAUUGAAAACUAUAUUUGAAUCAUCGUACUUUUACAAUAGAGAUAACAUAGUAAUUGAGAAAAGAUGGUCCAGUUCUGGACUAGGAGUAUUAUUGCUCUGUGAAGACUAUUUUAGUCAUGCGCACAUUAAUAAGGAGCUAACACAAGAUAAUAUAGUACAUUAUUUAUAGAUGAAGUAGAAUUUGUUGUAAAUUGCAUUCUACUUCGACGAUGGCGCGGCCAUUUUGGUUUUGGGUAAAUAUGAAAAGUUUAUUUUUUAACAUUCAAAUCAGCGCAAAAAUUCYUGAAAGAUGAGCGCGAAGUAAAAACCCGAACUGAGCGUAACAAUUUACUUUUAGCAUACAGUUGUUUCUAAUCUCUCGGCACCAGUUUUUCUCGGUCAGUUUAAACGCAACAAGACCAUGGAUAGGAAAAAAUCCGUUUUCUUAGGAGUAGCCUGCGGCUAAAGCUGGUCAAACGUGUGGGAUAUAAAAAGAAGUUUUGUUUAUUACGUCUUUCAUGUUAAUCUCUUUAAUUUGUAUGUAAGCAAUCUUAGUGAUCGCUCUUAAAGCGUGCAACUGUACAAAAUCUAAGUAGUAUUCAGGCACGUAGCGUGGACUUUUUGGCUAAUACGCAUAUGGCCGGUACCGCGACACAUUGGAUUGGGGGGCAAACGACCUCCGAAGGCGGGAGUAUUAAGGGGUCGGGGAGUCCUCCCCUAGRAAAUUUUGAAAUAAUACCUAUUGGAAAUGCGAUUUUCAGCGUUUUGAUAGGCAUCGAGAGCAUAUAAAAGGAAUCAAAUCCCGAAAAUUUURAUAUUUCCUUCCCACUAGUACGGACGUUAAUUUGUACUAAAAGUGGACCUGAAGCAAAACGGUAUUGAAUGCGUCAUUUGUAUAUUCAAUUUAAUUUGCGUACCGCAUGCUGCGAUUUACUUAAUACAACUAAGUAGAACUAUUUAGUUUGUACAGUUACACGGAGUAAGUGCGAUCACUCUAUGGUUUUCAUUUGAUAAUUAAUGGACGCCAAAUUUAUACCGAAGAAAUGUUUAKAUUGCGCUCUCGCAAAAUGGCCGCCGUAUGGUCGAAGAAGGCAGCCCGUGUGCUGUUAAUUGCUGGUAAGCAAUUCAAUCUUUGAUUAGUUCUUGUUUCAGUACAAGUCUGAUUCGAGUAGAAUUGGCUUAGAAAAUAAAGAUUUUUUUUUWAACUUAA